AUAACAUUUAUUUAUAUAUGUGUUUGGUGUUUCACAGACUUAGAACUAACCUUGCCUAAAAUUGUAUUAAUUUCUUCGCCGAAAGACAAACAAGCAACAUGAAAACUGAUUCACUGAACUGUUUGAAGUAUUUGAUGUUCUUCUUCAAUUUGCUAUUUUUCAUUUGCGGAAUAGCAACACUUGCUGUCGGAAUAUGGGCUGUCGUGAAUGCUCAAUCAUUCAAGAACAUUCUGGUCGACAAUGAUCUGAUUUUCAACGGAGUUUAUAUCAUCAUUGCAGUCGGAGCAGCAUUAUUUUUGAUGGGAUUUUUGGGAUGCUGCGGAGCAAUCAAAGAAAACAGAUGCCUCUUGGGAACGUUUUUCGUCUUCGUUCUGAUCAUCUUUAUCAUUGAAGUUGUCGGUGCCAUUCUUGUUUUCGUCUACUAUCCACAAGUUGAAACUGCAGCUCUCGAAUCGCAGUCUGCGUAUGAAGAUGGAACUGACAAAGGGAAAGUUAUCAAGCAGGGAUGGGACACCUUCCAGGCUACAGUCGAAUGCUGCGGUUACAAAUCUUAUUCUGAAUGGAAAAACAACACUGCAUGGGCGAGCCGUAAUCCCGGUAAGAUUGUUCCAGAUUCUUGCUGCAAGCGAGAAAUUCUUUCUGAAACAUCUUCGCCAACAAACACAACUCUCUGUCAACAAGGGAAUGUAGAAUUUCUGAAUACACAAGGUUGCAACGCGAAACUUGGAAACUAUUUGUGGGUUGUCGGUGGUGUUGGACUUGGAAUUCUGUUUUUUGAGAUAUGUGGCUUAGUGGCCGUAACAGUUGGAGUAUGGGCGAUAGUCAAUGCAGAAGCGUUUCGAGAGAUUCUCGUGGAUAAUGCUUUAAUAUUCGAUGGUGUAUACAUCAUUAUCGCUGUCGGAUCAGUGCUAUUGUUUUUGGGAUUUCUUGGAUGUUGGGGAGCCUUCAAAGAAAAUUUAUGCUUCUUGGCUAUAUUUUUCAUUUUUGUGCUUAUCAUCUUUAUCGUUGAAAUCGCUGGAGCAAUGCUUAUGUUCAUGUAUUUCGGGGAAGUUGAAAGUGCAGUUCUCGAUUCUAUUUCUUCGUAUGGUGAUGGCACCAGCAAGGGAAAUGUGAUAAAACAAGGAUGGGAUACACUCCAAGGAACUGUUGGAUGUUGUGGCUAUGAACAUUAUAAUGAAUGGCGAAAUAAUACGGAUUGGGCUGGUCGCUAUGCAGGAAUAGUUGUCCCAGAAUCUUGUUGUGCACGAGAUGUUCUUUCGGAAACUUCGUCCCCAACUAAUGCUACUUUGUGUCAAGCUGGUGUCGAACGGUUUCUCAACACAGACGGAUGCAAAGCAAAACUUGGCGAUUAUUUAUGGAUUGUUGCCGGAGCGGGGCUAGGAAUUUUGUUGUUUGAGCUUUUCGCUUUGAUAACCACGAGCUGUCUUUACCGAGCCAUCGUCGAUUACAAGGAAAUAUAGUUUUCAUCCUUGUGAAGGUGAAUGAUGAUCUUACAUUCCAGCUCCACUUCGAUUUUAUAAAAUCACCCUCAUACUUGGAUACGGACGAAAAUAAAAAUAAUUAUAUUUGCAUGUCUUUUUGGAAUUACUGGAAAUUUAUAUCAAUAAACGGCGCAUGUCGAUGAAUUGAUCGAUUUAGUUGAA